CAGAGGGAAAAAACGACCGUACUGUAGCCACACGUUCCCACGUUAACGCUGCGCACUCGGAGCGCUAAUAGAAGCCUGCGCGCCGCGUGCCGCAUAGUUCACCGGUGAUAUGUGAGGCGCCUUUGGCACUGCGCGCGCCCUGCGGUCCCAAAGUGGCGCGAAAUGGAAUCUUGGAGCGACGGAGGCGAGAAAGAAGAGCUGCAUCUCGUUAUUUUCAACACCUUUUUUUCUCACCAAUGAAUGUGCGCCGAUGUUUGUUUUGGCUAUUAUUGAGAGACAAUAAAACAAAGAUUUGUGGAAAAUUAACGGUUUUCUUCAAAAAAGUGUAUUUAGAAGAACAAAGUAGAAGGGAACAGGACACACAAACGGUAUUUCACUUUUAUUGCCGCUUUUCUUGACGGAAUAACUAAAGUACAAAAUAGCGUAUUCUAUGGCGUAUUGGGAGUGACAGAUAAUCAAAGUUACAACCAGACAAAUUAGAGAAGAUUUAUGCUGUACAAAGGUCUUUGGACUCACUGUCCGUAGUGCGCACAGAUCCAGAUCAUCUCAUUAGGACUGCGGGCAUCAAACAUCCCAAAGCGAAACCACUGGAGGUCUAGGUCCGGAAAAAAGUCCAAAAAAAGCUCAUAUGCUCGCUAAAUGUCUGUAUUAGCAUCUCCCCGCUGUAUCUUUCGUCGGAUGCGUAAAUUCGCGUAAUACGCGGGACGAACGAUUUGGCGCAGCGACCGAAAGGACAAGCCGGAUGCUGCGCCCGCAUCAUGGAAAAGCAGAAGGACACGAGGGUUUACAGAGAGACGCAUCCUCUGCACUAAAACACAACACGGAGUCUUUACACCGCCUGAGAUAUUAGGCAUUGAACUCUUCUUGGGUGGAUUUAUGUGGAUGCCGAAUCCACGGGAUACCCUGGAUGGAGAGCUACUUUAUUAACCUCGAGGAUGUUCUAGGCUCUCGGAUCGUGCAGCAGCCGCUCGAGACUCAUCCAUGUCAUUGCAUCGGUCGCUGUCCACUGCGCGCGUGGUGCUGAAAUGUGGAAGAUGCCGGCGCAGCGACUGCAGGGCUGCCGCUCCCUUCACAUCAACGAAGACAAUGGGCGCUUUCUGCUGCUCGCCGCGCUCAUCAUCGUGUACCUGCUGUGCGGCGCGGCGGUGUUUUCCGCCAUCGAGAGGCCGUCCGAGCUGCGAGCCCACGGGCGCUGGAACCGGACCCUCGUGAACUUCAGCGACACGUUUAAUAUCAGCGUGGAGGAUCUGAACUCUCUGUUGAAGGAGUAUGAAGCUGCCAUUGCCGCAGGAGCUCGGGUCGAUGCUCUACGGCCCAGAUGGGAUUUUACAGGGGCGUUUUAUUUCGUCGCAACGGUGGUGUCCACUAUAGGUUUUGGGAUGACCACGCCGGUGACAGUCGCUGGAAGGGUCUUCUUGAUCUUCUACGGUCUGUUGGGUUGCGCAGCCACCAUCCUCUUCUUCAACCUCUUUCUGGAGCGCAUCAUUACCCUGCUGGCCGUGGUGAUGAAGGCCGUGCGUCUGCGCCGCUUGCGUACCAGCGGCCUCCUCCCGCCGGGGAUCUGCCAGGACUUUGCCGCGAGCACCCUGCCCGGCUGGAAACCCUCUGUCUAUCACGUGAUGCUGAUCCUCGGCCUGUCCUCCAUCGUGAUAUCCUGCUGCGCGUCUGCCAUGUAUACGCCGGUGGAGGGCUGGGCGUACCUGGACUCUCUUUACUUCUGCUUCGUCACCUUCAGCACCAUCGGUUUCGGGGAUUUGGUGAGCAGUCAAAACGCCGCAUACGGCUACCAGGGCCUGUACCGCCUGGCCAACUUCUUCUUUAUCUUGACUGGCGUCUGCUGUAUUUACUCUCUGUUUAACGUCAUCUCCAUCGUCAUCAAGCAGGUCCUCAACUGGAUGUUGGGAAAAAUGAGUUGCCUAUGUUGCCAGCACUGCAACAAAGCAAACGCUUUCCUAGGACGCCGCAACGCCAUCAGGCCGGGCUCACGACUCCGGCGGGGACGCUUCGGACGUCCGCCUGACUCGGAGGGACCGUGUGAUAGCGACACGGAGGGCCGCAGGCUCUCCGGUGAGAUGAUCUCAAUGCGAGACCUGACGGGAUCCAAUAAAAUCUCUCUGGCCAUCAUGCAGAAACAGCUCUCGGAUUCGGCCAACGGAUACCCGAGAACCGUGUCACGGCAGAACGGCUUUUCUGGCGGCGUCGGUGCGCUGGGCAUAAUGAACAACAGAUUAGCAGAAACCAGUGACUCUAGGUAGAGAUGAGCUUUGUCUGACCAGUUUAAGGAUAUCAAAUAUGGUAAAAGCCUUGUAAUUCCUUUUGGAAGUGCUGCUCGGGUCUGCCUUGAGCUUGUGUUAGAACAGCAUGGCAUGCAUGACCUGUCUAGGAUUAUCUAUUAAGAUUGGAAUUAUAUUAUCAGUAGGAUUUUUAAAUAGUGAUAUACCGCGUUUUGGGCCAAGAACACGUGUACUAGGAGGAGCGAAGAAGUGAUGUAUUUUAACAUAUAAGUCAACAUAGCUGUGAUGAACUAAAUCACAAUUUCUGAAACAUGUACGCAUUACUGUUCCACGUAGGGUGUGUAUACGAACGGAGGAGAGGUUGUCUAGACCAAAAUGGUACAAGUAGCAUCCGUUUCAAUUCAUCUGGAUAGCACACUAUAUACACAACUAUGCAUCUUUAUGUUAUAAAUACAAGCAAGCGUAUUUGAUACAGUAGUUUUCACUUUGUCCCAAUUCACAGUAUACUAUACACCAAAAAGUUCUGUAUGUACUUUUUUGAGCGUGACAUAGUUACACUAAAAAUGUAUUGGGACGUCCACUUCUAAUAAACAGUUUUGACAACUUCAGUCAUUUCUCAGCAACAGUUUGGGCAGGACCCCUUUUCUAUUUCAACAUGACAAUGUUCCUGUGCACAAAGCAAGAUUAAAAAAGAAAUGAUUGAUUCAUGCCCUGUCCACACGAACCUGGGGAUUUUCAAAACCGCAGCUUUUUCUAUGCGGUUUGGCCGCAGUUUCACUGAAACCGAACCGAACGUUUCUGAAAACUCCUGCCAGGGUGAAGAUUUUCAGAAACUCCGGUUGUAGCGUUGUUGUGUAGCCUACACAGAACCGGUAGUAACCUUUUUUCAGGCUUCUGAUUGGCCAACAUGGCUUUACAGUUAGAGUUAUAGUGGUGUGCUCUUGACAGCGCUUUAUAGCAUGUUUUUACAUUUUCACGUGGACGGAGAUUUUUUUUUUUUUAAUUACUGGAAAAGAUAAACAUGUUUAUAAGAAGGAGCGUCCCAAUACUUUUCUUCUUAUAGUGUGUGUACCAGUGUUGGGUGUAACUAGUUACUAAGUAAUUAGUUACUGUAAUUUAAUUACU